CGAUCACUGUUAGACAACCAACGCGAAUUAUAAUUAUUGUAUCGAUGAUGGACAUUAUUUUCCCCGAUAUAGUAAGUAAGGCGGGCGUCCUUUGAGCCCAUUCCUCCGUUUGAAUCCGCCCGCGUCUCCGAUCCCCGACUCAGCUGCUCUCGUUCCCCGAAUCCCUUUGGAUCAGCAGGCGGCGACGGCGAUGGCUGCCUCGAGAGGGCGGAUGGAGCCUCCGCCGGAGACGAGUCCCGAGAGGACCAAGGCGUCGAAGGAGAUACGGCCGAGGAGGGUCCCCGUGGUGUACUACCUCUCCCGGAAUGGCCAGUUGGAGCACCCCCACUUCAUGGAGGUCACGCUCUCCUCCUGCCGCGGACUCUUCCUUCGAGAUGUGAUCGAUCGUCUCAACUUCCUCAGAGGCAAGGGAAUGGCCAAUCUGUACUCUUGGUCUUCCAAACGGAGCUACAAGAAUGGAUUCGUGUGGCAAGAUCUCGUCGAAGACGAUCUGAUCCACCCGGCGCACGGCCAUGAGUACGUCCUCAAGGGGUCGGAGCUCCUCCUCAUACCCGUCCCUUCUUCGAGCUCCCUCGACGCCAAGGCCGCCUUUUAUGCCUCCAACAAACCCCUGCACCUCUCCACAUUCGUACACGACGACCUCGAAACCUUGCAAAUCAGAAACAAAAGGGCGACUUGGAGCUCCUUCGACCUCAACGAGUACAAGGUCUACAAGACCGACCCGGUGGCCGAGACCGGAGUCAGGGCGGCGGACGCGUCGACGCAGACGGACGACGGGAGAUGCAGGCAGCGAGAAGACGCUGCCGCGGGGAACGACAGGGACCGAGCGGAACCCCCGACAACCGAGCUGGAGCGGGAGGACAUCUCGCCGCCGCCGUCGUCUUCCAGUCCGGAGAUCCUGGAGAUGCUGAUCAAGGCGGACGGGCGAGCGGUGGCCGCGGGGCCGGAGGAUCAGAAUCGGCCGACGGAGAGCUACUCGGGCGGGCGGUUGCGGGCGUCCUCGGUGCUGAUGCACCUCCUCUCGUGCGGCUCCAUCAACGUGAAGGACCGCCACGGUAUCUCGGUGGCGGCGCCGCUGCCACAGUGCACGGACAGGGCGUCGCCACGUGGACGGUCUUCUUUUGGUGGCGCGAAGGAAACCGUCGACUUGAUGGCGGGCAAUGGCUCGGCCAGGAUCGGGCCGGAGGACAAAGACCACACUCGUCGGGAGCUUGAUCGAGACGACGAAGAAGGGACCUUGGCUGUUCUGAGUUCCAUGCCCUGAACAGGUCCUCCUCCUGCGAGGCGGACAGGUAAAGCUUAAAGCUCGUAUGGUAGAAAUUUCUACAGCUUACACAUGGCUAAUGUUUCCUGUCAUCGGAUAUGCACACGAGCAGACGAAGACCCAACGUAAUGGGCGGGUCCAAUGCAUCCACAGCAAGCGCAAAGAAGCAAACGCACAGCACCUUCGGAAGAAAACGAUGAACAGCAGGAAGAACAGUGGAGGACGUAAACGAAAGAACAGAAGAAACAGAGCUGUUCAGAGACGCGUCAGCCCAAAAUGAUCCAAAGAUAAAAAUGUAGUAGGAAUGUAAUAUGUGAAUGCUAGCUUUUGCCUUUGGUUCGUCGAAACCUGUGUGCAUAUGAAGAAUGGUGACCAGAGCUCAGCCCACAGGGCAGCCACCACAAAGCAAUCUAUUACAAGUACCGUAUGAAUCGUCUUUGGCUGUGGUAA